AUGUGGUUGCAUAUUCUUUUCCUUUCUCUGAUUUUCACCUAUUCGUCCUGUUUUGAUUAUGGACUUGAUCCAAAUCACGACUAUCUUGACGGUCCAAGAGAAUAUGACGACCAUGCUGUUUUGUGUCAACUAAAUGGUACUUUCAAAAUAGAGCUCUAUUUCAAUGGAACUCUGAUCCACUGUCGAUCCCCUCCAAUGACCUGCACUGUGGCACCACAUGAGUUGUUCAGCUUCUACCGCCAAAAUGUCAUAUGUCGUGAACCGAGAGACAAUCUGUUUUAUGAUAUCCGGAAGGAGUGCACUCAGGAAUACGGCUACAAACGUCCUCAUUUUUGCAAUAGAGACCACCGAAUGUGUACAACGUUUUUGUUUUUCUGCUACUCAAAGAUAAACUUUAAACCAACCUUCUAUUUCGCCUUACUCAUUGGAUUCCUGACUGUUGGCUACCUUCUACAAAUCACCUUCUGCCUUAUCGACCGUUAUUAUCACACACAAUCAUAUGACAUCCCUCCGAGCAAAUCACCACUGAAACGUUCUGGUGCGCAUUACCGUAAGAAGAGAGACGACGACACCACUCCACUUCGCAACCGUUACUUCCCAACGCCUGAAACAUCAGUUUAA